GAAGUAGGACACGAGAAUGUUGAGUGUCCGCUUCUCGUACGAAUAAAGCUGUAGUAGUGUUCUUGAAAGAACAACAUUUUGUUAAUCGUUUAAUCGAGCAUGGUCUCGUUAUAAAUGACAACUUUGUUCAGGUUACCCCGUUAUACGCUCCGACAGUGAAAAUUACGGUAUCGAAUGUUCCACCUUUCAUUCCGGAUGAAGCGUUGGAAUGGGAAUUAGUACGUUUUGGCAAAUUUGCCAGUGUUUUUAAACCAAUUACGUUAGGCUGUAAACACCCGUCUCUGAAACACGUCAAAUCUUUUAGAAGACAGGUGUUUAUGUUUCUAGACUCCCCCGAAAACACGCUGGAUGUUUCAUUCCGAGUAGGCCUACGACACGAAGGAAAAACGUAUAUGGUGUACGCAAGCACUGGUAGCUUAAGGUGCUUCGAUUGCGGCGAUUUAGGGCAUAAAAAGUUUGCAUGCCCACACAGAGAGCGCGCACCAGAGGAUAGGCACAGGCCUCCUGUCUCAGGAGAGGGAGAUGCGGUGGUGCAGGAGCGCGCUGCUCCAGAGGAACACACAGCCCCAGCAGAGGCAUCCAACAUCAUGUUGCAGUGUGGCAGAAAUCAUGUCUGUGCUUUUCUUCCACUCCAUGAAGUACAGGCCGGAUGACCCCAAAAACACAAACAAUGACCGCUUCAUCCUGUCCAAGGGUCAUGCAACCCCUGUCCUCUACUCUGUGUGGCUGGAGAUCGGUUUCCUGAAAGAGUCUGAGCUCAUAAGCAUGUGUCAGGUGGACUCCAUGCUGGAGGGACACCCCACACCUAAGCAGCAGUUUGUGGAUGUGGCCUCUGGCUCCCUGGGGCAGGGUUUGGGCAUAGCCUGUGGAAUGGCAUAUACUGCUAAAUACUUUGAUAAGUCCAGUUACCGUGUUUACUGCCUGCUGGGGGAUGGAGAGAUGUCUGAGGGGGCCAUAUGGGAGGCCAUGGCUUUUGCAUCCUACUACCAGCUGGAUAAUCUGUUGGCCAUACUAGAUAUCAACCGCCUAGGGCAGAGUGAUCCAGCACCCCUCCAGCACCAUGUGGAGAAGUAUCAGCGACGCUGUGAAGCCUUUGGGUGGCAUGCCAUCAUUGUGGAUGGCCACAGUGUGGAAGAGCUGUGUAAAUCCCUGAGCCAACCAUGCCACCAACCAACUGCCAUCAUUGCCAAGACCAUCAAGGGCAAAGGCAUUCCUGUUGCAGAAGAUAAGAUGGGAUGGCACGGCAAGGUUCUGCCGAAGGACAUGGCAGAAAGCGUGAUGAAAGACUUGCAGAGCCGCAUCCUCAACAGUAGCAAGCGCAUGUAUCCGGCUUCACCCAUUGAGGAUGCUCCACCUGUAAGCCUUCGCAAUGUCAGCAUGCCCAGCGCCCCCAACUACAAACCUGGAGAGAAGAUUGCCACGUGUAAGGCAUACGGAAUGGCAGUGGCCAAACUGGGACGUUACAAUGAACGUGUUGUGGCUAUGGAUGUUGACACCAAAAAUUUCACCUACUCUGAAAUCUUUAAAAAUGAGCAUCCCAAUCGCUUCAUUGAGUGCUAUAGUGCAGAGCAGAACAUGGUCAACGUUGCAACAGGCUGUGCCGCACGUAAGCGAAACAUUGUGUUUGCCAGCAGCUUGGCAACCUUCUUUGCCCGUGCAUACGACCAGCUCCGCAUGGCUGCCAUCUCUGACAGCAACAUAAACCUUUGCGGUUCCCACUGUGGCUUAUCAGUUGGAGAGCAUGGACCAGCUCACAUGGGGUUGGAGGACAUGGCUAUUUUUAGAGCCAUCCCCAACGCCACCAUUUUCUACCCCAGUGAUGGCGUGUCUGCUGAAAAGGCUGUGGAGCUUGCAGCCAAUACAAAGGGUGUUUGCUACAUCAGGACCACUCGUCCAGAGACUGCAAUUAUUUACAACAGCAAUGAGGACUUCCAUGUCGGCCAAGCCAAGGUGGUGUGCCAGAGCAAGGAUGAUCAGGUUACCAUGAUCGGUGCAGGAAUGACUCUUCAUGAAGUUCUGGCUGCUGCUGAGCAGCUCAAGAAAGAGAGGAUCUACAUCAGGGUGAUCGAUCCCUUUACAAUCAAACCCUUGGAUGCCAAAACCAUCAUCGACCAUGUCCGUGCCACCAGAGGUCGAGUCAUCACGGUGGAGGAUCAUUAUUAUGAGGGUGGCCUGGGGGAGGCGGUGUGUUCUGCAAUUGUGAAUGAGCCUGGCUUCACUUUGCAGCAUCUGGCUGUCUCUCAUGUUCCCCGCAGUGGCAAAAUGUCCGACCUGCUCAAAAUCUAUGGCAUUGACCGCGACUCCAUUGUGCAGAUGGUCAGGAAGAUGCUCAACAGCUCGGCCAAUGCCAAGUGAACCUGUUCA